CUGUGAGUCCGGAGCGGAGCCGCUGUUUGGCGAGCCGCUGUCUGUGAGCGGGCCAUAGUAAACCAUAGUGAAUUUUCGUAAGUGAAGAGAUUGCUUCAAUUAAUAUACUAAACAACACUAACCUAGAAGUGAACGACCAAAGACUCUGCCGAUGAAUACAGAACGACGAAUACAGGCGAUCGGCAUAUGAGCUGCUGGUCACCUAGGCAACCUGGCAUAGCCACAGUGUGACCAGCUGACACCUUGAUAGCGAUGCGCGACGGCAAAUAGUUUUUUUGUUUGUUUGUUUUUGCGACGGGCAAAUAGUUUCCGGUGUGCACGCGGCUUUCCUGUGUUCACACCUGUUCACAACGUGUGCGCGCACUCGCCCACGUGUUGGAAUAUUCUACGUCAUAAUGACGUCCUUUGUUGACAGCCUUUAUCUGUGCGUUGUGAAGUGGGAGGGAGUCCAUACGCUGAACCUUGGCUGCUAUUUCAGUUUAUUGUUUACAGCGAGAAAUCAUACGGAUUUUCCUGGAUUCACGACUUCCACUACAGAACUAAUAAUUUGUUAAAGCAAUGCUGAGAAGAAGCAGUCGUUUACAGUCAAACGGCUACUAUGGCUGUGAUGGGAAACCAGUCAUCUCCUACAAGGAGACAAUGUACAGGUUUUUCAAAAGGUGCAAAUCUCAUUUACGUCCCAGAUUUGAUGGAUCACCAGAUACAGAACUGGGUACAGAACGGUAUACACCACCGUAUACACGACCGUAUACAGAACUGUAUACAUCACUGUAUAAAGAACUUGAUCCGGCAAUAGAUAAGCCCGAUCAAACUGGUCCUGCAAAUUGGCCAUGGAGGACGAUGGCUUUCGUCCUGUUCUUGUGUUUUGGAGUCUUUUUGACUCUGGCUGUCCCCACUGGGUUCUCCAUCACCACUGUGAAAAAGGUCUUCACUGGGAGCUCCGAAGAUGUGUGGAUACACCUCAAGGAGGUCCGAGGGGAACUGGAGGAACUCAAGGAGCUCCGAGGAGAACUGAAGGAACUCAAGGAGCUCCGAGGGCAAAUGAAGAAACUCAAGGAGCUCCAAGAGGAACUCAAGGAGAAAAUGGUGCUCCUUCAUCCAUUAUCGGACACGAUGGCCAAUUUUGCCCUGGAGAGACUAGGAGCCAGGAUAUUAACUGAAAAGACUUCAGAGUCCUAUCCUCCAGAAGUGCCAGGAUUGACCCUGUUUGGGUUUACAGUGGUAAGUGCCAAACGGCCUCCACCUGUAAGCCCGAGAACCCUUCUUCAGGGAUGGGCACCAAAUAGUCCGGGGCAGUGCUGGGCCUUUAAAGGUUCAAAGGGACAGCUGUCAGUCGAGCUGUCCCACAGCAUAUAUGUCAGCCAUGUGUCAAUCGGGCACAUACCAAAGAACAUAUCCCCAUAUGGAACCAGAUCAAGUGCUCUGAGGAUGUUCUCAGUGUUUGGAAAUCAAAAUAUCGAGGAUCCAAAAAUCUACCUGGGUACCUUUGAGUAUGAUGCCAGUGGAAGGCCACUUCAGUUAUUUAAGAUGGCGGGUCAUGAAAGAGAUGUGGUGAAGUACCUGACACUGAAGAUACACAGCAACUGGGGCAACCACAAUUAUACAUGUAUUUAUAGCUUUAGGGUUCAUGGAAAGAAGGCACUCAGUGACCUUUAAAGGCUGUAGAGACAUGUAGGAAUAUAUUGAAUAUAAAAAUGAAUAAGAAAAGAAAGAAAUUAUGUGAAGAUCAAUCAGAUUGGACUAGUUCAGUGUUUGCAGUCUGAUUCACCUCACCCUCCAACCGGUCGAGGCAGAUAACCGCCCCUCCCCGAGUCUGGUUCUGCUGGAGGUUUCUUCCCGUUGAAAGGGAGUUUUUCCUCCCCGCUGUCGCUAAAUGCUUGCUCGAAGGGGAUCGUCAGAUUGUUGGGAGUUUCCUUUCUUUUCUCAUUCAAUCAUCCUUUGAGAUGAUUUUUUUUUUUCA